AUGACACUCUUUGGCUACGACCAAGGAGUGUUCAGUGGUGUUGUCGUAACUCAAGACUUUCUCAAACUUGACAACCUCGUCGGUCCAACAAAGACGAACGUCCUUGCUACUGUAACUGCAAUCUAUGACAUUGGUUGCUUUGUUGGCGCUGUCAUUACUUUCACUAUUGGCGAAAGGCUCGGAAGGAAGAAGGCCAUUAUUAUUGGUACAGUGAUCAUGUCGAUUGGCAUCGUUGUAAAGGUUACAUCUUAUAGUCUUCCGCAGAUGACCGUCGGGAGGGUAGUUCUUGGAAUAGGGAAUGGUAUAAACACCGCUACAGCACCGAUAUGGCAGACUGAGACAGCACAAGCCAAAUGGCGAGGUAAACUUGUCAUUCUCGAAAUGGCGAUGAACAUUGCUGGUUUCUGCCUCGUCAACUGGAUCAACUACGGUUUAUCCUUCGUUGAAGGCUCUGUCGCAUGGAGGUUCCCCCUGGCCUUUCAGUUUGUGUUCAUCUUUGUGCUUUUCGCCACUGUUCCAUGGCUUCCAGAGUCUCCUCGGUACUGCUGGCUCAUCGCUCACGGUCGCACACAAGAAGCAACAGAGAUCCUCGCCUGUAUCGAAGACAAACCAACGACAUCCCCAGUCGUAACAGCUCAACUUCACGAGAUCCAGUAUAGCGUUGACUAUGAACUUCAACACGCUGUGAAGUGGAAGGAUAUCCUCCUCCGUCGCAACAAAGACACGGCCGAUACCAAGACUCUUCGGCGUUUGUUGCUCAGUGCAAACACCCAACUCAUGCAACAAUUCGGCGGGAUUAAUAUCAUGAGUUACUACAUGCCCACCGUUCUCAUCAACAGCGUUGGUCUAUCAGAGAGGAUGGCCCGUUUGCUCUCCGCUUGCAACGCAGUGUCUUAACUAAUCUUCUCAUCAAUCGCGAUUCUUCUUGUUGAAAGAUGGGGACGGAGAGGACUUAUGCUACUCUCCACGUCUGGUCAACUAUUGUCGUUCUUGGUCAUUACUAUUCUUUUGAGGUACACGGUUGGUGAUAUGAAGGAACCGCUGGGAUCGGCUUCUGUGGCGUUCUUCUUCUUUUACUUCAUUUCUUUCGGGGUCGGGAUGUUAGG